UAGCUGCAGGAAGCAUUAAGAAGGAAAAACACUGCAGAACGGGACGCGCCGCUUUCACCCUCCCAGGCUCUUACUACUCAGGGGGGGAGACGUUUCUUUUCGGGUCACACUUUUUCCAGUGCGCCUCUCUCCCUCCUGAGACUUGUCUUCUUAAUAAAAUCCGGAUUUUGGAGCCUGUUUCUCCCCCCCACCUCUCUCUCUCUCUCUCUCCUGUCUCUGCUGUGUGUGAACUUGGAUCGCGAGGAGGAGGACAGAGAGAGGGCGACAGCAGAACAGCACGAGGACGAGGAGUCCGCUUAGAGACAACUGGAGACAAACAAACAAACAACAGACAACAACAACAAAAAACAAAACAAUACAAACCUGAAAACAAUGAGACGUGUUGUGUUGGACUUCUGCUUGGUCCUGCUCAGCCUGCACACUCCUGGCGUGCUGUCCUUGUCCACACAUGUAGCAAUCGUUUACCCCCAAGACCCUGUGCUCCGCGUGGGCUCCAACCUGACAGCCAGCUGCUGGGUCCACCCGGACCUCGGCGUCCACGCCAGCUCGCUGUUCUGGACGCUGAAUGGCCAGCAGGUGCCCGGCUCCCUCUACAGAGUGCUGAGCCCGAGCAACCUCAGCCUGACGCUGGUCGGGCUCAACGCCUCCAGGCAAACGUCUGGGGACAACCUGGUCUGCCACAACCACAAAGGACACAUCCUGGCUGGCUCCUGCCUCUACGUUGGGAUGCCUCCGGAGAAACCGGUCAAUCUGACCUGCUGGUCCCGGAACACCAAGGACCUGACGUGCGGCUGGGCUCCUGGAGGGAAAGGAGAGACUAACAUCAGCACUCAGUACAGGCUCAAGUACAAACUCAGAUGGUACGGAACGGAGAAGGCGUGUGAGGAUUACAGUCACGCCCAGCCGUACUCCUGCAGCAUCACCCAGGACCUCCACCUCUUCACGCCCUACGAGAUCUGGGUGGAGGCCUCCAACCAGCUGGGCCGGGCCACUUCGGACGUCAUCAUCCUGGACAUCUUAGAUGUGGUGACCACCGACCCCCCYUCAGGUGUGCUGGUCAGUCGUGUUGGCCAGUUGGAGGACCAGCUCAGCGUUCGCUGGGAGGCCCCACCGGCUCUCAAAGACUUCCUGUUUCAAGCCAAGUAUCAGAUCCGCUACAGGCUGGAGGACAGCCAGGACUGGAAGGUGAUGGAUGACGUUGGGAAUCAGACGUCCUGUAGACUGGCUGGACUGAGACCCGGAACGGUGUAUUUCGUCCAGGUUCGUUGUAACCCUGUGGGCAUCUACGGCUCUCGCAAGGCCGGGAUCUGGAGUGAGUGGAGCCACCCCACAGCGGCCUCCACCCCCCACAGUGAGCGGCUGAUGUCGGGCUCCUGCGACUCCAAGUCGAGCGGAGACUCCAACUCCACGCUGCGUCGCGAGCUGAAGCAGUUCUUCGGCUGGGUAAGGAAGCACGCCUACGGCUGCAGCAGCAUGUCCAUGAAGCUGUACGACCAGUGGAGGGUGCUUAUGCAGAAGUCCCAUAAAACUCGCAACCAGGUAGGUUCUCCAAGGGGAUAAAUCGUAGCACAUGCUGGRGUUACGAGGAGGAGAAAAAGAAAGGAACUGAGUGAAUGCAGGUUGUUUUUGUUGUUUUUUUAWGUGUGAAUGAGAAGAAAAAAAACGAGGCUGCAAAUUGGAUUUAUAGAGACGAUUUGCUCCAGCCACUUUGGGCAGACUCCAGCUGCAACCACAAGAGAAAAUCCAAAGACAAACUGUGGGAAACACCUCAUCUGAGGAUAAUUGGAGUGUUGAACACAAACGGUGCGAGAUGUUUAACUCACCACGGACAUCCUGUUGUCAUGGACUUCCCUGUUUGCCUUUGCAGCACACACACCCUGGAAGUGAUGAAACUAAUCUGAUUUGAGCUGAGGGGGUUUCUCCUGCUGGUCCAAAGCACCAUCUAGUGGCUGCUCAGCAUCUAUGUCGUUCUCCGAGUGCAGCAACGUGCUAUUGUAAAAAGAGAAAGCAACAGAUUAUAAUUCAGUAUUUUAAUGAACGCUGUGUUUUUCGAGGAGGAGGAUAAUAAUGUGCCAAACUGGUCCACCCAGGACUGAUCUGAGUGCCAGUACGCGACUGAUGACACAACAGUGUUUGUGUAGGCUUUGGAAACAUUUCACUGCCUCUUAUUUUUGUACUGAAUCGUACCAGUGUAUUUAAAGUAUAAAGCUAUGUUUUAUAAUUCUUAAAUUAUGUUUGGUUAGUAAAGACUUUACAAUGACUGAAGUUAUCYAUCUCUGAUGGUGUUUCAUAAAAGAGCUGCCAGAAACAUGA